GGGAAGGCGGAGCCACAGAAACUCCGCCCCUGUGCCUAGAGCAGAGCAGGGCAGGAAUCCACUUCCACUUGAAGAGAGAGGAAGGAAGGAAGUAUCUGCGCAGAGAUACCUCCACACAGAGAUGCCCCCAUGGCACCGGACGAGGGCACCGAAUGGCUGCUGCAGCUGCUGACAGAAAUCCAGUUGGAGCAGUUUUACAGCAAGAUCCGCGAUGAACUCCACGUGACGCGUCCGGGGCAUUUUGAUUUCGUCAGACCCUCCGACCUUGACCGCAUUGGCAUGGGCCGCCCAGGACAGAGACGCUUAGAAGAUGCUCUGAAGCGCCGGAAGCCCCAAGGUCAGCGCCCCAUGUCCUGGGUGUACAAGAUGUUCACCGGGAUGAAAAGUCCAGAAAGUGAAGAAGCCCCCACCCCACAGACCUCCGCCACCACCCCUUCCUCCACCACCCCCCAGUCUUCCACACCCCGUACGGACCCUGAUGUUUCCCUCAAGUGCCUUAUCAGUGAGUGGAACCUGGUGCUACAAGAACGUCUUGGGGACGGCUGCUUCGGGGUGGUGCACCGUGCGGAAUGGAACACCCCCGGCGGUGGGACUAUUUUGGUGGCGGCAAAGUCCCUGCGCUCCGACGUCUCCUCGGAUCCGGGCGCCCUCAUCGACUUCCUGAACGAGGUCAACGCCAUGUGCUGCCUGGAUCACCCCAACCUCUUGCGCCUCCACGGGGUGGUGCUCACCCAGCCCCUCAAGAUGGUGACGGAGCUGGCCCCGCUGGGCUCUCUGUACGACCGCCUCCGCCCGCCCUUCCCUCUGCACCGGCUCUGGAGCUACAGCCUGCAGGUGGCCAAAGGCAUGGCCUACUUGGAAGCCAAGCUCUUUGUCCACCGGGACCUGGCGGCACGCAACAUCCUCUUGGCCUCCGAGGAGCACGCCAAGAUCGGCGAUUUCGGGCUCAUGCGGCCGCUGUCCAGCAAGAGCGACCGCUACAUCAUGUCUGCCCACCGGCGCAUCCCGUUCGCUUGGUGUGCCCCGGAGAGCUUGCGCACGGGGAUUUUCACCAGUGCGUCUGACGUGUGGAUGUUUGGGGUCACCCUCUGGGAGAUGUUCUCCUACUGCGAAGAGCCGUGGAUGGGUUUCUCCGGGCGUCAGAUCAUGCUCAAGAUAGACCGAGAGGGGGGACGGCUGGACCGCCCAGAUGACUGCCCCCGCGGCAUCUAUGCCCUGGCGCUGAAAUGCUGGGCCCAUAACCCCGAGGAGCGGCCCCGUUUCCGGGAGAUCAUCGGCUUGUUGCAAGAGCUCCGUCCCAAGGAAGUAAAGACCUCCCAGGACCUCCACGAGCCAGGAUGGUUGCGUCUGGAGCCCAACGACGCCAUCACGGUGAUCGACGGCAGUCCUGAGUCGUCCAGCUGGCGUGGACAGAACAAGCGGACGCUCAAAGUUGGCGUCUUCCCGUCAUCUGUUGUGCAGUCGGAAGAAACGGCGCCCCCUGCUGGGGGGGCCCUCAUUAGCCUCCCCCUGCGGAGCUCUUUUCUGCACUUGGCUCACGGGGACGUGGAGCCCGACCGGAGCUGGGGGUCACCAGACCGGAUAGAGAAGAAACCAAAAGCCCCCGGGGGGAACGUCAACGGCCAGAAGCGAGCUGGGGCUCAGCAGCUCCUGCGCUUGACACGGCUCUCCAAAAGCUUGGAGUCCAUUUCUGAAUUCAGCAUCCUUCGCAGCAAGCCCCGGAUCCCCCCCUUCAAGCCAGACCCCCCCUUGGCCGCCGCCCGUCGCCGUUUCAGUGACCUCCCGGGCCCUUUCCCGCCAGCCCAGCCUCCUGAGCAUCGGGGCCCCAAGCCGGCCGCGCGGUUCCCUAACCCGGCCCUGCCGUCCUGGGCCCUGCCCAAACCGGACUGUCCUCCAGGGGCCAGGGAGAAGGAGCCGCGACCUCUUCGGACAGCACCCAAAGGCGCAGUGGGGCCGUGCGUGGGGCCCGGCGGAGGGCCACGACCGAUCACUGACAUAGAGAAGAAAAUCAAGGAGAUACAAGAGCGGGUCCACGGAGUGACGACAGAGGAGUGUCGCGAAGCCCUGCGGCUGCACAGCUGGGACCCACAGAAAGCCACCCAGAUGCUGAAGGUGGAGCAGCUCUUCCACAUCAGUUCCCACUCCCGGGAGGAGUGCCGUCGGAUCCUGGAGCGGCACCGAUGGAACCUGGCCAUGGCCUCCCGCUACGUGCUGGGCAGGGGGCUGCGAGUCUGAGCCCAGACUGGAGGGGGAUCCGCCUCCACCUCUCCCAAGCAGCCUCCGGGGGCUCUCUGGUGGGGAGAAGGACCUCUCCCUCCUGCCGGAGGUGCCUUGGUCCUCCCCUCCACUCAGACAGAAAAGGCCCUUGUCUUUGCCAGAGGGCUGGCCAGAGAGGUCAAACCCAACUCGCUCGCCAGGCCACGUUGACGGUCCAAGAUAUCCGGCCAGCACCCAAAAGCGUCGGACCCUCCCACGCGGCCGCUCUCACCCAUUUCGAGGGCCUUGGGACAGACUGAUGGACUGAGCCUCCUGCGUGAAUGAACACCUACGUGCCUACGACCCCACGCAUGUACAGAGUCUCCUCGGCUGCCCUGCUUUAAAGCCUGCGAUGCCCUGGACAGGCCAAAGGUAUUUGGCCAGUGAACAUAAGAACAAGCCAGCUGGAUCAGACCAGAGUCCAUCUAGUCCAGCACUCUGCUACUCGCAGUGGCCCACCAGGUGCCUUUGGGAGCUCACGUGC